GGCCCAUCUUCCUCGAUAAACCCUUCGCCCACUGCCAACCUCCUAGUCUCCAACCAAAUCCUUCCGCCGCCGCCGCUAGCUCCAGCGCUCUCGCCGUCGGCCGCCCAGCUACAGCUUCGAGCUUAGCAGCUCACCUUGCCUGUCCAACAUGGGUAAGACACGUGGUAUGGGAGCUGGGCGCAAGCUCAAGACCCACAGGAGGAACCAGCGGUGGGCCGACAAAGCCUACAAGAAGAGCCAUCUCGGGAACGAGUGGAAGAAACCCUUUGCCGGUUCAUCCCACGCAAAGGGGAUUGUCCUUGAAAAGAUCGGCAUUGAAGCUAAGCAGCCGAACUCUGCCAUCCGUAAGUGCGCUCGUGUCCAGCUGGUGAAGAACGGAAAGAAGAUCGCUGCCUUUGUGCCGAACGACGGUUGCCUGAACUACAUCGAGGAGAAUGACGAGGUGCUGAUCGCUGGGUUCGGUCGGAAGGGUCAUGCCGUGGGAGACAUUCCCGGUGUCAGGUUCAAGGUCGUGAAGGUCUCCGGCGUGUCCCUCCUCGCCCUCUUCAAGGAGAAGAAGGAGAAGCCCAGAUCUUAAAACAGCGCUACAUCAGAAGUCAUGUUGAGAUGAACUUGUCAGCUGCCUGUUUCUGUGCUUAGAUUUUUUCUUGAGGAAACAUCUGAAUUUUAAGCUGCUUAGUUUCAGUUUGUACCAUGAUGAAGCUUGCCACUUGUUUAGUAUCGUCUCAGUGUUAUGUUAACUUA